AUGGCAUUAACAUUGACUUUGCUUGAUGCAUUGGUAAACAAUUGUGGAAAAAUAUUUCAUGUACAUGUAGCAAAUGAAGAAUUUCUAAAAGUACUCAAAAGUGUCAUCGCACCAAAGAAUAAUCCACCAAUGCCGAUUGAAGAACAAAUACUUGGCAUGAUUCAACAUUGGGCAUUAGUUUUUCGUCAUGAUUCUGAUUUACAGAUUAUUCAAGAACUUUAUGAAGAAUGUAAACGACAAGGUUAUACAUUUCCACCAGUCGAUAAAAAUCUUAGUGUCAAAACAAUGCUACCUAGCAAAGUUGAAUCUACUCGUCCUAUUUCAGCUCUACCAAUAGCAGUACGAUAA